AAAGUUUCAAUAAACUUCAGUAAAAUCAUUAGUUAGUAACAACUUGUUGCCGAAUAUUGUUUCAUCAAAUAUGCGUCUCAUUAUUUUGAUAAUUUUUGUAUUUGGAUUUGAGAUCCAACAAUUGCUUGGAUGCAUGGGUGGAAAACUUUUUCGAACUCAACCUGUUCAAAAUAUUGCAUUCUUUGAAGAACCAUUCAACAGCAUCAAUCAACAUGGGCCAAUGAUAGAACAUACCGCCCAUAAACUUGCAGAAAAUUUGAGCAGAUUACCUUAUCUAAACAACAAUAAUUCAAAAGCAAUUCUGGAAAAGAUUAGAAAGGUUGGUUCUAUAUCAGGAAAAAUACACCAUUCAACUAUUUCGUGUAUGAAUCCAGAUAAACAUCACCGUUUGGCAAAUUUCGAUCAUCUCAAAGAUGUUGCAUCGCAGUUUAAGGAAUUAUUGAGCGAAAUUUGUGUUUCGGAACCAGCAAAUAUAUUGGUUGCAUAUCUACCACGUUUACAUGUUUUAAGCAGCGAUGAAACAGCAACUUUAGUUGCAACGUUGACACAACUGGGCCAAACAUAUUCAAAUCGAAUUGAUGAACUUGACACCAAAGUCAUAGCAGUCACCAAUGUUGCAUCUGAGUGAUGACUUAGAAAAAGUUCUAUACUUCUAUUGGCCAGCUUUCAUUUCGCAAAUGGUGCAGCUUGCUACCGACUUUUUAUUUUUUUUUUGUCUUCGUUUCGAAUGAAAAUGAAAUUUCGAUAGUUUUUUUACACUUAAGCGUUAAUAAAUCCAUUCAUUUAUUUCCAUA